AGGUGACCUCAGUUCGCCUGGUAACAGAGAAAGCGUCGCUAGGAAGUGAAUAGUGCGAUGAGUUCGCGGCAAAAAAAUAGCUUUUUUGAGGCAAUCUACGGCGAAAGUUUACGAAUACCGGGUACGGGAGUACAGUUUAUCUGUGAGAAGAAGGGAGUAAAGUUGUCUAAUUUAUCACAAUUAUGCGUCGUCGAGUACUAGCUAGCUCAUUCACAUCUCGUGGCAUGAGAGAUAAAACAAGAUUAAGUUAGCAAGCUAGCUAGCCAGCAGCUAGCUAGCUUAGUAGUCAUAGUCAAUUACGCACCCCAGCUGGGCAGCAGAAGGUGGUUGACAGUGGAAGGAUAACACUACCCUCAUCUGCUCAUAUGGGUUGGGGACCUGGGUGGUAGCUCUGCUUGCUUCCACAGCCAGGUUGUUCUGACACAAACAUGGGGAAACUUCAGAGCAAGUUCCGAAGGUCGCGCUCUGAACUGUACAGGGCGACCAAAGGUGAUGGCGAGGAUGCUGCUGUUAGUCAGGUGAUACAGUAUGAACCCGCCCACCGUGAUGCCGUCAACUGUGUCACCAACCUGACCUCAGACCUCUGUGUGUCUGGAGGAGGUGACAUGGCAGUGGUUGUGUAUGACUGGAGAGGAGGGAAGUUAUGUCAGUCAUUCCAAGGUCACAACAGAGAGGUUACCAAGGUGGAGUGUUUUCCUGGAAGCACUUGGAUCUUUAGUGCGUCUCGAGACAAGAGUGUUAUGAUGUGGGAUCUCAACCAGGGGGACGAGCCCAUCCAGGAGUUCUGUGGCCAUGAGCUGGUGGUCAACGGGCUGGCCGUCAGUCCAGAUGGGUCGAGGCUGUGCACUGGUUCCCGUGAUAACUCCAUGUGCCUCUGGGACAUUGAGUCUGGCGAGCGUGUGCAUAAGAACACAGUCUCCAGAAACCUGGUUACUCAUGUGUGCUGGGUACCUGAGAGCAGCUCCAUCGUUCAGACAUCAGAGGAUAAAACCAUCAGGGUGUGGGACAGUCGCACCUGGCAGGUCACUAACACGUUCCCAGCCAAGCAAUACAUCCAGACACACUGUGAUAUCAGCGCCAACGGCAACCACCUCUUGUCCAGCAGCAAUGGCUUCGGAGGCCAAGGCUGUGAGGCUACGCUUUGGGACCUCAGGCAGCCUGGCUGUAAGGUGGUGGAGUACCGGGGCCAUCGCGAGACCACCGCUUGCUGUGUGUUCCUGCCCUCUAGCCCCGGGGGCCCUGCGCUCGUAGCGUCCUCCUCUCAUGACUGCUCAGUCAAAAUCUGGGAUCAAAACACUGCAGCCUGUCUGACCACUCUGACCCUGGAUGGAUCAGGUCCUUUGGUGUCUUUGGCCCCAAGUGACUCCAGCAGUCUGCUGUGUGCCAGCUUUAACACAGGGCUCCACAUACUCCACCAUCACAAGGAUGGGCUGGACCUAAAGGAGGUGGCGCGCUUCUGAUGAGGGCACAGGACCGGUGCCGGCACGGUAACCCGAAAACCCAUUACACUGUGGGCCACACAGACCUCCAAGCCAGCGGGGCCCUUUAAGUCAGAUGGACCCGAUCAGGAGACACCAUCCCUGGGUCAACUGACGGGAGAAGACCCCUGCGAGUCAUUCUAAAUCAGGGCGAGCCCUAGACAUUGUACUCGGAGCAUCAGGCGAGGCCCAACUGCUUCGGGACAACAGAAAUGUUUUGGAUGUUUGGAGACUAAGUGGAUAGUGAUAGCUUUAGCACGUACAAUUAGCCAAAUGAAGUAGACAAUUGUGGAAUCGUUAAUCAGAUCGUUUAGGAAAAGCUGUAACCACUAUAAAACAGAGCGGGCAGAUAAAUCAUGAAUCGUUGAGAGCAGGGGUGUAUUCACUAGGAACCAAACGGGCCCGAAACGUGGAGGGACUAAUCCUGAACUUGUCCAAUAAGAGCAAAUGUUCAUUGCAAAAUAUUCAGUUGCAAAAAUGCAUUUUGCUUCGGUGUGCACCAAUGAAUACACCCCAGUCGUGUCUAAACUCUAAAGUGUCUACUUCAGACCGGACUAGGGUGAAACUUGACAGGAGGAGAGUGACACUUACGUUCUUACGACAGUUUAUUUGAAAUGGCUUCACGACCCCAUUUUUAAUAAUAUAAUAACUUACCACAUUUUAUCAGCCGCUUUUAUCCAAAGUGACGACUUAGUCAUGCGUGCAUAUAUAUAUAUAUAUAUAUUUUUUUAACGUAUGAGUGGUGCCGGGAAUCGAACUCACUAUCCUGGUGUGGCAAGCGCCAUACUCUACCAACUGAGCUACAGCGCAACCAGGCAGUGCUAAUGUCGACCCAGCUUGUGAUACUCGACUUCUGUGACAUACUCCGUUAUUACGCUGGCAAAAAUUGGAACUUCCCUUCUGCAAUGCCCACAAGCAGGACUCCUUUAGAACAGCGUGGACAAGCAGAACUCAUUAGAACAGAAUGGACAAGUCUGACAAGCAGAACUCAUUAGAACAGCGUGGACAAGCAGAACUCAUUAGAACAGGAAGGACAAGCAGAACUCAUUAGAACAGGAAGGACAAGCAGAACUCAUUAGAACAGGAAGGACAAGCAGAACUCAUUAGAACAGGAAGGACAAGCAGAACUCAUUAGAACAGGAAGGACAAGCAGAACUCAUUAGAACAGGAAGGACAAGCAGAACUCAUUAGAACAGGAAGGACAAGCAGAACUCAUUAGAACAGAAUGGACAAGCAGAACUCAUUAGAACAGAAUGGACAAGCAGAACUCAUUAGAACAGAAUGGACAAGCAGAACGCAUUAGAACAGAAUGGACAAGCAGAACUCAUUAGAACAGAAUGGACAAGCAGAACUCAUUAGAACAGGAAGGACAAGCAGAACUCAUUAGAACAGGAAGCGUGGACACAGCGUGGACAAGACCAAGCACUAAAUCAGACUGGGGGGGGGGGAAUAACAUCAAUGACGAUGUAACUUUCUUCACAGAAAAACAUACAGUAUAAAAUGAUUGUCUAAUGAUCUUCUGAACUUCCCAAUGCAUUUCAAAACAUAUGUCCUUCAGAUUGAAAUACUGUCAAAAGUACUGUCAGACUGAUUUGUAAUAGACUGUCAUAGGCCCAUAUUUAAAAAGUUAACCAUGGCUGUUGAUUACAUCACCUUUUUUUUUUUUUUUUUU